GCAGUAGCAGUGUUGGAGCCCUGUCCUGGAUCGGGGGAGAUGGGCUGAGGUAUAGAGCACAGACCCAACAGCAACCAAGAUCCACGGCGGCUCAGCGCACCACUUACAGGAGGGACGACUCGGGAAUUCCUCCCAGUCCCGCUUUUCCCUUCUCUUCUCCCGCUCCUCUCUCUCCCUUCCCGGCCUAAGCGGGCCAGGGAAUGUCCCGGUGGCGCGAUGCCUUACGUGGACCGACAGAACCGCAUCUGUGGCUUUCUGGACAUCGAAGAGAAUGAGAACAGCGGCAAGUUCCUGCGCCGUUACUUCAUACUGGACACACAACAGGGAAGCUUGGUGUGGUACAUGGACAACCCACAGAACUUGCCUGUUGGUACGGUCUGUGUUGGUUCCCUCAAGCUCACAUACAUCUCUAAGGUCAGCGAUGCCACCAAGCUGAGGCCUAAAGCGGAAUUCUGCUUCGUCAUCAAUGCUGGGAUGAGGAAGUUCUUCCUGCAGGCCAAUGAUCAGCAGGACCUUGUCGACUGGGUCAACGCUCUCAAUAAAGCCACCAAGAUCACUGUUCCAAAGUUGUCUGAUGGCCAGCAGAACUCAGAGAACCAAAAGGCUUUGCCAGAUGUUGCAGGGCCCAAAAAACAAGUCUCCUAUAAGACUGAGAUAAUUGGAGGAGUGCCCAUAGUCACCCAAACACAGCACGAAGGAGGUGAUGGUGCAGAUAGAGCUGAGCGUGAGGCCAUGCAGCGUUCCCACAGCCAGCUGCCUUACUUCCUGGGGAGGCCAGCUCAGGACCACAAUGUCAUCAAGUCAGGCUACUGCGUCAAGCAAGGAGCUGUGAUGAGGAACUGGAAACGGCGAUAUUUUCUUCUCGAAGAGAAUUCAAUGAGUUACUUUAAGUCAGAUUUGGACAAAGAACCUCUCAGAAUGAUCCCACUAAAAGAAGUUCACAAAGUCCAGGAGUGCAAGCAGAGUGACAUUAUGAUGAGAGAUAAUCUAUUUGAAGUUGUCACCACAUCAAGGACGUUUUACAUACAGGCGGACAGUCCAGAGGAGAUGCACAGCUGGAUCAAGGCUGUGUCGGGGGCCAUUGUGGCCCAGCGGGGCCCUGGGAGGUCAGCUGCCACGGAACACGGCAGCCGUUCCACUUUCUACCGCACCCCCACGGGUCCCCCCGUCCCUCGCUCGCCCAUAUCUGCAGUGCCACCAUGCUACCCAGAGUGGGGGAGUGCUAUCACGUGCGGCACACGCUCACAGUCUGGCAUGGGACAGCGAGCACUUCAUGAGCCUGCUGCCACGCCCCAGUCACAGCCACACGCCAGCACGCCUGUCCCUGCAGGAAACACGCCUGGCAAAGUGACCUGCGACGCUCCCGUGACCAACGUCGCCAGCUCUGAGGAGUCACCGUGGCGCCGGCGGAGCAGCUUUGAGCCCCACAUGCCUGAAACACCCCUGAACCUAGAGGAUGCUGUUCUGCCAGUGAGUGAGGUCUAACCCGUUUAACUGGACAUUAAAAGUCAAACGGAAGUUGACUGAGAUCUUCAGAUAAAGAAGAAAUCCUGUGAGCAACAUUAAUUUUUUCCCCCAGUCAAAGCUCUGUCACAAACUCUUUGGAACUACUCCAUCGGUGUACAGGAGAAACAAGUUGGCUCACCUCUGAACUGCACUCUUGUGCCAAAGUCAACCCAGACUCCCCACCCCCCCAGCCCCACCCCUUCCCGCCUGCUGUCAUAGUUCAAAUGAUGUUAUUAUUUACCAAGAGUUAAUUUACACCUUCUACUUAACUUGUGUCAAUUAGCACUCAAUAACAGCUUUAUUUUAAUCUGUACAGGCAUAAAGAGGUGUUAAAAGCAUUUAAGUGUUGAGGAAUUUUGCAAACCACUUUGUGCCAAGAAAAUAAGGGAGCUUUUAAGGGUGCUAGCUAAUUCCUCACGUCUGAAAAGAGUGUUCAAAGUGAGGACUGGCAUUCUGUCACCUCUCAGAUCUACUUGUACUAAACUGUGUGAUCCAUUCAUACUCAUUAUUGUAACACUGGAUUUAUGUACUAUCGCCAGUGUUUAUUUUUUGGAGCAGGCCAAGUAAGAGAUCAAAUCCUCACUUUAAUGCAAAUUAAAAGUCGACAAUUCUGGACUGGGCUAGACUUAAAAAAAAUAUAUAAAAAAUUGAAAUAGUUAUGUACAAUCCGAUGUGUAUAAUUAUGCAAGGUGAAAUGUAUUUAGUCUUUUUUUUUUUAAACAGUGGCCAAGCCACUGACUUGAAUCUGUUUUUAAAUAUACAGGGAGGGUUAAGGUCUGUUCUUUUUGCAACUGUACUCAACAACGUUUUGGUUGAUUGAGUUGUUGUUACUGACAAAAUAAAGUAGUCUACUUUGUACUACUACUACUACUACUACAGUAAAUAGUUUUAACCAAUAAUCCACUUGUGGUAGUAAAGUCAAAGUGCCGUGAUGAAAAAAGAAAAACUGAAAGCUUUCACAGCAUGUGCACCAUGUCACAACCCAAGUCACUCUUUCUGGUGAAUCAUAUUUCUCUGUAUUAGUGGAGUCUUGAUGACGGCUUAAAGUAGCAAGUGAACAAGAAGACGAUGAGGACUAUGCUUCUAUGCAUUUUGUAAUUAAUAUUGAUUUAAAAAGAAAAGCAACAACAAUAUGGCAGAGUGAGCUUUAGCUCGGUCCUGAAAGACAUUAUUUGCUUAAACCUGUGUUUACUAGUUUGAAGAUAAUACCGAAUUCAUCAAGUGCAUACGUUUUAAUGCAUAGUUUAACAGAAAAAGUAUUCAAGCUCAGCCACUUAUGUUGCAUGCUAAGGUUUUAAUAAUACCUAAAAUUGUAUUUCUUUUUUUUUUUUUUUUUAAAUCUACAGAUGUUUUGGUUGUUGUGUGUUUGCAGACUAGAAACAGAUUUAUUUUUUAUAUGCUUUUAGGCAUGUCCUGUUCCUGUUCACUUUUGUGUUGACAGCCUAGUAGCAGGAAGCUGCCUCAUGGUGUUAUUUAAAAAAAAAAAAAAAAGUCCCACUGUAAUCCUUCUAAAUAAUACACACUAAUCUUUUUUAAGUGCCUGCCGCAUUAGAGCCUAGCAAAGCCAAGCUAUGUCACCCUCUUUUCAGUCUAGUGUAAUUGGUUUGAAUUGUCUCUAUUUAUUAUGUGGAUGACUUGAAAGAAAUAAACACUGAAAAUGUG